AUGAACGGGACACCACGAUUGCGGUCAGCGUUCCCCUCGACGCCGGGAAGUGCACAGCAGGGGGGUACUACUCGCAGAGUCGGAAGUCCAUCCAAUGGGUCAAGCGGAGGCGUACAUCGAAGUUCGCCAUUACCUAGCAUCCCCCAGGUCCAAAGCUCAAUAUCAUCUACACCCACAAGUGUGCCGUUGAUUCCAAUUACCCUCGUCGAUGCGCCUACUCAACGCAUGUAUACGGCGGCCGUUUAUGGUCUGCUGAUUGUUUGGAGGUUUUAUGACUGGUGGACUUUGGUGGAGGCAGAAACAACAUCUUUACCUCUCUUUGGGAAAUGGUUUCUUAUAGAUUGUGCAUUUCUAUAUGGAGUUCCAAUGUUACGGAUCCCAUGGCUGGAAUGGUCUGACUCGACAGCAGCUGUGGCGUGUCUGGUGCAUCAGGUGUUGAACUGGAUGUUGAUGUUUAGGAUACCUCUACCUAUCGAAGGAUGGUUGAUGUUUUUUAUGAAAUCCAUUUUUGACAAGGAGAUGUCUAUUUCAGAGAAUAGUGUCCGGCCUGCAAGCAUUCUGCACAACGCUUCUCUCAUUAUGGGAAGACAAAUAAUAAACAUUUUGCCAGAAGGAUCCGUUACGAUGAAUCCAGAUCAAUUUUCAUUUUGCAUAGGCGACGGUCAUCCGUCUAUUGCUAUUCCACUCCGGUUCAACCAGACACGACCGCAACACAUCGAGCUCCUGCGCGUUGAUUUCGACACAAAUGUGAAUGAGACCAUUACACUUACCAAGAAGGAGAUGAAGAAACCUCUGGUCGUGGAAGAGGGGGUGACCAUCAUCAACUAUAUCACAAAGAAGCCCGGGCUUUACCGCCUGCAAAAGGUCGUUGAUAGGUCAAAAUCAGAGGUUCUACGGCGAAUGUCAGAUACUUUGGUCUUAGCGUGCCCUAAAGGAAGAGUGAAAUCUUCUGCGUCAAACAAGUGCAUAGGGGAUCUUUCAGAUUUGACUAUGGAAAUUGAGGGCACACCUCCUCUUAAGGUGGUGUAUAGCCGCACCGCAAAUGCUGACAAAAGUGUCCAUCAUUUCCAGAGUAUUCAACCAGAAAAUUUCGAGUCACCGCUCCUUGGAAAUACUCGAUCUGGCACUUUGGUAGUCGCAGGGAAUCAAGACGUCUCAUGGGGACGGUCUCAGAAAAUCUCUGUACCACUUAACGAGUCCAUGAUACCUAGUGGUCGUUGGUUAUACUCGAUCGAUGAAAUCCAUGAUGCGAUGGGAAACGUAGCGAAUUUUUCAUCUGGAGCAGAUGACGGAGAACAUCACUAUCCAAAAGGUGUUCACCUAGAGCAAGACUUCACAGUUCACGAACGACCUGUAGCUCGCUUAGUGAACUGCGACUCGCGAACCCCCUUGAAGGUUCCGACUGGAAGAGCGACUCAGCUUCCAGUUCAAUAUAUGACACGCGGACGGACUCCUGAUGAGACCUCUCACACAAUUACUUGGAAAUUCACUCCUUUGGACUCAUUGACGAAAAGUGGUGAUCAUGGCGAUGAUUACAUUGAAGAAUCGUACCUUGCUAAAACUGCUCACAACAUCCCAACGAUUCGCCAACCUGGCCUGUACACCCUGACCAGUGUAAAGAGUCAAUUCUGUGAGGGCGAAGUAAAGGAGCCCGCGUCGUGCUUGUUACUCAACCCGCCCGAGCCUCAAUUAUCGAUCUCAUCCGAGAACAUCAAUGACAAAUGUGCAGGAAAGCCGAUCGGGUUACUUGUUGACCUCGAUCUUAUUGGAACACCACCAUUUGUCGUCAGAUAUGAUGUUAUCACCGGCAGUGGAACAAAGUCUGAAAUUGUUAAUGUUAAAGGUGUGAGACAGCAACUUGAGCUCAAGCCCAGAGAUGCAGGCCACUUCAAAUAUCGCUUCACAUCGAUAGAUGACGAUGUAUACAAGGCUCAUACCCUUGGUGGCAGCGAGUAUGUUCUCGAGCAAGACGUCAAACCUCCAGCAUCUGCGUCCCUUAGAAAAAGUCCGGAGAACAUUGAUGCAUGUAUCGAAGAGCCAGUCGAACUGCAUGUUGACUUGUUCGGAGAACGACCAUUUUCCUUGGAGUAUGAACUCGUUCACAAUGGCAAGAGAGAGCGAUUUAAGAAAGCCAACAUUGAAACAGACUUUUUUACAAUCAAGACAAAUCCACUACUCGCGGGUGGUGAGUACUCGUUAGCACUGACUAGUGUUCAAGACAAAACGGGUUGUAAAAUCUUCUUGAAUAGUGAUGUCAAGUUCAACGUACGUCGCCAACGGCCCAAGGCUUCCUUCGGGCUACUGGAUGGAAAGUUCAAGACUAUCGAGGUCGAAGGUCAAUCUGUUCAAUUGCCCCUACGGCUUACUGGCAGACCUCCGUAUACUGUAUCCUACCGAAAUCUCGAUGACUCGCCUGAUAGGAUCUUAACCAAGACAGCAAAAUUGGCAAACGACUACAUUCUCGCCGAUCGGCGAGGCAAAUACGAGAUUGUCGAUGUUUCCGAUGACAAAUGUCCUGGAACUGUAAACCAGCAAGCAUCGACAUUUGAAAUUGACUGGAUUGCGAGGCCUCAGAUUAAGGUUGCUGAUACAUCUGUCUUGACAUCUGCUGGUGAUAGAUGGGUCAAGCGUGAAGUCUGUGAAGGAGAUAUCGAUGGCACUCCUCCAUAUGCCGUUAAAUACCAGCAACGCCAUAAACCAGAGUCUGGUUCUGGAUCCAUCAUCAAUAAAGAGUUCGAAGCUGCUCUGGGACUGGCAACUAUUUCUAUGGAGACUUCAAAAGCUGGAAAAUACGAAUAUAGGUUCUCAGAGAUCUCCGACGCUUUGUACGAUCACGACUCCAAGAAGCACACCCCAUUGAUUCUCGAGCAAAAGGUGAAUCGCAAACCUUCAGCGCACUUUAUCAAGCCAGGACAAUCAUACAAAUACUGUAAAGAAGACCUUGCUGGGGACGAGGUAAUCCCAAUCCGGCUAGAGGGGGUACCACCUUUCAGUCUGGAGGUCGAGAUCAAGCACCAAAGCAGUGCGCGCCCCGAAACAGUCAAAUUCGCCAACAUUGAAACACAUCAAUAUGAUUUUAAGAUCCCGCACUCCAAGCUUUCACUCGGCAUCCACCAAGUCAGCGUCCGCAAAGUUCGCGACUCACGGGGUUGCCAACAGAAAACCGAAUACGGAGCACCUCACGUCCAAGUUCAAGUCUACGACGUCCCAACCAUCCAUCCUCAAGAAUCCCGCACCGACUACUGCGUCGGCGAACGUAUAUCCUACAGUCUCUCCGGCCAACCGCCCUUUGAGAUAUUCUACACCUUCAACGGCGUCUCCCGCAAAGCCAAAUCCCAAUCCACAACCUUCCGGCGCAUCGCCGAGAAACCAGGCAACUUCACCAUCACAGGCGUCUCAGACAAAGCUUCCGAAUGCAAAGCCCGCACCAACAUCUCCAAACUCAUACACCAAAUGCCCUCAGUCCGCAUCUCCAAGGGCCGCGAGAUGGAAAUCGAUAUCCAUGAGGGCGGACACGCGGAUCUCGUGUUCGAGUUCACGGGCACCCCGCCCUUUGAGUUUACGUAUACUCGCAGCACGAAUGUGAGGAAGGGACAGAGGAGUCAGGUCCUCGAGACGAGGAGGGAUGUCAGUGAUGAGUUUAGCAAGACGGUUGUUAGUAGUCUGGAGGGCACGUAUGAGGUUGUGGCUAUCAAGGAUCGGUAUUGUAGUUUUUCGACGCAGGGGGGUGAGGGAGGUGGGAAGGGGCACAAGUUGUUGCAGUUUUAG